AAAUAAUUUCAAAAUGGGGCAAAAAUAUGAACUUCACGUCCUCCUCCUUCCUUAUCCGAGCCAAGGCCACAUCAACCCCAUGCUGCAAUUUGCCAAGCGCCUAUCCUUUCAUAACAUCCAAACUUCUAUGGCAAUCACCCGGUUCAUCUCCAACUCCACCCGACCCGAACCCGGCCCAGUGUCAAUCGUUCACAUCUCGGACGGAUUCGAUGAAAACGGGUUCAGUUCAGCUCCAAGCAUUGAAGGCUAUUUAACCCGGUUCGAAUCAAUCGGGUCUGAAACGUUAACCGACCUAAUUGAAUUGUUCCGGUCCAAAGAAAACCCGGUACAAAUUUUGGUUUACGAUGCAUUUUUGCCGUGGGCUUUGGAUGUAGCGAACCGGGCUGGGAUCCGAACCGCUGCCUUUUUUACACAAUCAUGCGGAGUUGAUGCGAUUUAUUGGCAAGUUUGGGAAGGUCGCCUUAAAUAUCCAGUGAAUGAACCGGUUCAAUUGGGGCCCGGUUUGGUCCGGUUUGAACCAUGGGAUUUACCCUCGUUUUUAUCAGAUCCUAUUCCGGGUCCAUACCCGACUUAUUUGAAACUAGUGUUGAACCAGUUUGAGAACUUGAAGAAAGCGGAUGUGCUUCUGAUCAAUUCAUUCUAUGAGCUUGAGCCGGAGGAAUUUGAAUGGAUGAAAUCAUCAUGGCGAGUGAAAUCCAUAGGGCCAACCCUACCAUCUGCAUACCUCGACGAUCGUGUACCCUCAGACUCCAACUACGCCUUCAACCUCCACAACCCUGACUCCACUCCUUACCUUCAAUGGCUCAAUUCCAAGCCUCACUCCUCAGUUAUCUACGUCUCUUUUGGUAGCAUGGCUUCUUUAAGCUCGGACCAAACCAACGAGCUCACAUCAACCUUGGUCAACACCAAGUACAGCUUUCUCUGGGUCGUUCGUGCAUCCGAGGCAGCCACUCUCCCCAAAAACUUUAUACAAGAGACUCAAGCCAAAGGACUAGUAGUGACUUGGUGCAACCAACUUGAAGUGUUGACACACGACGCGGUUGGCUGCUUUCUGACACAUUGUGGAUGGAAUUCGACUACUGAAAGUAUUGCACUCGGUGUCCCUAUGGUCUGCACGCCACAGUGGACGGAUCAGACAACGAAUGCCAAAUAUAUUGAAGAUGUGUGGGGAAUUGGGGUUAGGGCUAGGGUUGAGGAUGGGAGUGGGGUUGUGAAGAGAGAGGAGUUGGAGAGAAGGAUUGGAGAGGUUAUGGAGGGAGAGAGGAGGGAGGAGAUUAGGAGAAAUGCUGGCAAAUGGAAGGAGUUGGCUAAGGAGGCUGUCAGCGAGGGUGGGAGCUCAGAUAAGAAUAUCGUGGAGUUCAUAGAAGAGUUUUGCAAGUGAAAAACUUUAGCUUGAGUUGAUCGAUCUGUAAUAAGGAUUUGUUACAUUUAUAUGAAACGUGCACCGAGGAACUGCCUCUGAUGUUUAAGCGGAAACAAUAAAGUCGGACAUGCAUUUGCUUGAGAAAAUAAAGUUCAGCUAGGAGAUGAUGUCUCCUCAUAACAUAAUGAGAAAGUUAAU